UCCCGCGGGUACGGUCGGAACUAACGGGACUUGAAUCGGCGUGGCGCGAGCAGUGCGAAUUUUGAUUUCCGGCCAUCUGAGCAAAGCCAACCGUGCAUCCAAACAAAAAUCUCCGAAUAGGCCAGAGCCAGAUCCCCACAUCGGUCCGUGGAACCGGGGAAAUGUGUGAAAAGUAGAGAGUGAAACGUACUACGAUGUGCCCAUCUUAGAAACUAGAGAAAGCCAAACUUGAAAGUGGAGAAAAGUGCGUUUAAAGUCGCGUCCAACGACACCAGUCGCAAACUCUGUUUCGCAAUCAAAUUGCAAAUUAAUUUAAACACCGAAUUCAGACAUAAAUAAUUUGUGAAAAAGAACCAGCCUCGCAAAAUGCCCACAGUGCAAAGUGUGAAAGGUUUCUGAGCCGAAAAGUAGGCAUCACCGGUGCAGGAGCACCAGGAUAUCAAUUCUCCCAGCCACUGCCCCCGCAAUCCCCCUCGUCCACCGACCGCUCCCACCUGCAGGAUCGAGGGUCGGACCACCAUGGGCAGGUCCUGCAGCCGCUCGCUCUGCCUGCUGCUCUGCCUGCCGCUGAGCCUGCUCCUCCUGUCCGCGCUCCACGGCCAGGCGGCGGCGGCAACCCGCGUCCGCGUCAGCUCCUCGACGACGAUGACGCGCAACAUCGAGGAGGAGAAUGGUCCGCCCGUGCUAUCCGAGUCCAUAAUGGGAACGAUCGGCCGACUGCCCUGCAACGUCACCCCGCCCAUCUACGAGGAUCGGGUGGCCCUGGUCAUCUGGUACAAGGUUGGCCUGAAGACGCCCAUUUACAGUGUGGACACACGCGACUCCAACUUCGCCCAGGGCACGCACUGGUCGGAUGAGACCUAUCGGGAGCGACUCUCCUUCCACGUGGAAGGACGUGCCGGCACGCUGACCAUCAAGUCAACCACGGAGGACGACACGGGCGAGUAUCGCUGCCGCGUCGACUUCCAGAAGAGUCCGACGCGCAACUCCAAAGUGAAUUUAACUGUCAUAAUUCCGCCCGAAUCAGUGAUUAUAUUGGACAGCAAGGGAGUCACCAUCGAGGAUCACACCCUGGGUCCCUACAACGAGGGCUCCGGCAUCAACAUCACGUGCGUGGCCAUCGGCGGUCGUCCGCAGCCGAGGGUCACCUGGCUGCAUGGGAACACCGUCUACAAGGACGCCAGUGUGGGCCAAGCCCUGUCGGAGCGGCGGGUGGGCAAUGUGCUGUCCCUGCAGCGACUGGAGCGCCGCAAUCUCCACAUGCAGCUAACGUGCCGGGCGGAGAACAAUAAUUUGACAACGCCAAUUAUCAGCAGCGUCGUCCUCGACAUGAACCUGCGCCCCUUGAUUGUGAAGCUGCAGGGGGAGAAUCGACCACUGUCGGCGGGGAAUUCUUAUCAGCUCAGCUGCGUUGUCAUCGGAGCACGUCCAGCGCCGACGAUUACCUGGUGGAAGGGCAGUACCCCCAUGAAGAAUACUCAUGAGAUUGCGAAUCCGGAUGGGAACAUGACCACCUCGGUGCUGACGUUCACGCCCACCAUCGACGACCGCGGCAAGUUCCUGUCCUGCCGGGCCGAGCAGAGCAUGAUACCCGAGUCCGGGAUGGAGGACGGCUGGAAGCUGGACAUCUAUCACAUACCGGUGGUGAGUCUGGAGCUGGGAACCAAUUCGCUCAACUCCACGCUGCGCGAGGGCAUCGACGUCUUCUUCGAGUGCAACAUCAAAUCGAAUCCGUGGAUAUACAAAGUUAGCUGGCGGCACAAUGGUGAGAUCCUGUCCAACAAUCCCGCCGAAGGCAUUGCGGUGUCCAACCAGAGUCUGGUGCUCCAGAAUGCCAGCCGGGCGAGGAGCGGCAUCUACACCUGUGUGGGCAGCAAUCGAGAGGGCGACGGCGAGAGUAAUCCCGUCCAGCUGGACAUCCGAUUUGCACCCGUAUGCCGACCUCGACAACGAAUCUCCUACAGCUCGGGCCGGCAUGAGACCGUCAAGGUGGCCUGUGAAAUCGAUGCCAAUCCCGCGGAGGCCACCUACGUCUGGAAAUUCAAUGCAACUCAGGGCGAAACAGUCGACAUACCAGCCUCGCAGGUGGCCGUUGACAGGGGCCGCAGUAUUGCCCACUACACGCCCAUGACGGAGAAUGACUACGGAACGCUACUCUGCUGGGCCACCAACGAAAUUGGCGAUCAAAGUGAACCCUGCGUGUACACAAUAGUCCCGGCAGGCGAGCCGGAUCCGUUGCUGAACUGCACGGUGCUCAACCAGACGUCGACGGGCUUCCAAAUCGAAUGCAUUGAAGGCUUCGACGGUGGUCUGCAGCAGGACUUUAUAAUGGAGGUUUACAUGAAUGGAACGACGCGCCAUCCCAAAAUUUCUAAAUCAAAGCGACCGUACUUUGAGGUGAGCGGUCUGGUGCCGGGCAUGGGCUACAAUGUCUUCCUCAUCGCCCACAACAGCAAGGGUCGUAGCAACGCCACCAUUUUGCAGGUCUACACGCUGAAGGAUCCGGAGAAGCAGACGGACCUCUCGUUGGCCUAUGCGCCCGUCAUCGAGGACAUCCGGCCAUUCCUCGGCAUUCUGGCCGGCGUCGUGGGCAGCGUGUUCCUGGUGGCCCUCAUCAUUGUGAUUGUGGUGCGUGUGCGCGGCUCUUCGGGGCGCGAUCGGAAUAAUUACUCGCAUCCGGGCAGCGGCGUCGGCGGCGUGGGCGGCACCACCGGCAACGGCAGCGGGCUGGGUGGCGGCGUUGGCGGCGGCAUGGGCGGAGUGGGCGGCACCACGGCCAACGGGAACGGCAGCCUGGGCCUGCUGGCCAGCAACAACAAUGGCAGCCUGCUCAUCGGCACCCUGGGCCACAAUGGCGGGCAAUCAGUGCAGGAUAUGCACCGCAUCGGACGGGAGACGUGCCAUGUGACGAGCAGCCUGGACAGCAUCGACAAGAAUCCGGACAUCAUACCGCAAGGUGGGUUGGACGGACACGACCUGGUGGACGACGAGUGGACGACAAAGGGUCAUGGACGCGCUUACGCCACGGCGGCAAUGGCCGAGCAGAAUGCCGUGAUUACCUCCGGCACCUAUGAUCACCUGAUGCCCACGUAUGCGGUGGUGGACAAGAAGACAGGCCCGCCUCCCGGCCACGGUCCCUACAUUCAGUAUAACACGCUCAUUCCCGUCAGCAAAAUGGGCGCUUAUGCCAAUCAACAGCAACAGCAGCAGCAGCAGCCGCAACAGAAGACUGAGCUCAGCUAUAGCGAACUGACCGCUCCCGCUAUGGUGGGCGGUACGGUGAGCGUUCAGCGGAUGGCCCCCUAUUGCAGCGCGACCUUGGGACGGCCGGGCAGGCAGGCGGAACUUAAGCGGGCGGAGCCGAACAUCUACUCGCAGGUAAAUGUGAUGAUGGACGACGAGAUUCUGGCCGAUUUGCAGGCGGCCUCCACUUCCGGAAGAAGCUAUGUGGCUGGGGCCGUGGUCGACAAUGUGGGUGGCGCAGCCAAUCUCUAUGUUCAAGGCUAUGCCACACGUGUUUAGCUUCAAAUUGGAAAGAUUGUUAUGAUUUUGUUAUUUCCUUAGUUAUUUAUUGGUUGUUAUAAAUAAACUUAAUUUAUUUCACUCAUUAUCUUUGUGAUUCAAACUAAUAACAUCCGCAGAAGCAGGGAAGACAGAAACAAAUCAUUAUAACAAUAAAGCUGCAAAAAUUGAUUAUCACCCUGCCUCGACAAAGAACCGACCAAAUCAAUAGCCCGAUGUCCGUAGCUCGUAGCCCAUAAAAAAAAUAUGCUGUGCUUGCAUUGAAAAUAUUUAUCUUCCAUCGGAAACCAGUUCUGAGUAUUACACAUACGCACCGUUGCACAAACAAAUCGUGCUGCAAGCAAACAGAAAGCUGAAAACAGUUUACGCAAAUCGGGUUUCCAGAGACGCAGACAGAUAUGAAAUAAUGACCAAGGCAUACCCUCGCUGAAAGCCCAAGAAGAAUCUGAUGGGAUUUGACAAUGAAAAUGAGUACCUAGAGAAGCUGAGCGCAGAUUUGCAAAGAAUCUGACUGGGAAAGGUAUGAACAUGAUAGAUGUGGGUGCAGAGAAAAGCGUUCCUUCUACUACCCAUAUCAGCAAAGCAUUUUUCGAAUUUGUCUGGCCAUGGCAGACAAGUUAUGUUCCGAUUUUGUGGAACACUCCCAUCGGGACUUUGUUCAAGUCGAGAGUCGUUCGCUUUGUUUAUCCAACUGCCUUUCAUUCCUGUUAAUAAUUGAAAGGACUUGAGUUAUGACCAAGUGUAGGCGAAUCGAUAUAGGUAGAUUCAAGGCUGGACAGACAGCAAAUGCACUUAAACACCACUCGUUCUAUGGGGAACUCGGUAGAUGGGAAUACAGGACAAAAACAACAAUUAAUGCCGCCACACGAGCAAAGUCCUGGCAACCAUUUCACCAAAUGACAUUGUUUGGCUGUGCUGUCAUUUAUCGAAAACUUUUACACGACAUGCAGUUGGCUCUCGUAAUGUUUUUUUUUCUAAAAGUAAAAAUGCUGGCUAUUAAAUUCAGCAUUUAGUUUCGCUUUUAUUGUUUUGGUCACUAUAUUAAUUUGAUUUUGCAUGACAUUUUCUGUUGAUUGGCAAAGUUUUUGUGUUAUUUUGACAAUAACCAAAUAAUUUCAUCAAAAUGUGAUAUGAUAGCAACUUAAGCUCAAUGUGUCUUUUAUAAUAGCAUACGUGUUUCUUAUUGUGAGCCAACCCAUCAAUUUUAAUUUACAUGGUGCUAAAAAUUAAUUUCAUUAAAAUCUCGUUGAGCCCAUUAAGAAAACAACGUCGAUAUGCCUCGCCCUGGCACACACGUUAAUUACGGAAAUAAGCAUAUAAACAUCCUGCACGCGCACAUGCACAAAUACACACACACGAAGCCACCUUAUAGAUACACGGGCCACCCACGGGCCAAUUAUUGUAGUAGUUCACCACAUAGCAGCCGCUUGUAUGCCAUGGCAACCAUGUUGGCUAAAUAAACGCCGGGCGCGUUGUUAACUAUCCUAUCAGCAAUAACACCACUCGGGGCGAGUGGCAGCGGUGAAACCACAGAGUCCGCGAUGGCUGCAAUAUGCGUGGGCAACCACACCUACAUAUUAACCGACAAGCCACGGCACACUUCUCCAAUAUACUACAAAAUUUAAUUACACUUCGAACAAUCAAAAUUAUUAGGUUGCCAAGAUAAAAAGUAUAAGAAGUACUAAGUACGAUGGUUGUAAUUUUUAAUCCUUCUGCACCAUAAAUAAUUGGCGCCCAACGAAGGGAAAUAACUAUUUGUCAAUAGUAUCCAAUAUAAAUUAAUGAAAUAAUAAGCUUUUUAUUUAGUUACUGUGGAUUCUGUUUUUUUGUUUGUAAUAUCUUAAAGAUGUAGUUUAAUAUUCAAAUUAAACAAUUUCAUUGGCGCCCAAUAGGAGGCAAAUGAUUAUUUAUGUACAUUGUUCCGCGGCGUAAAUAAUUUAAAUGCAACAUUAUGGUCAACGUUUGCCAUCGAUCAAUUACUUUUGUUUCAACCCUCCAACUCGCCAUCCACAAAAGUCGUGACUAACUCGGAGCAUAUAAAUCAUCACAUGACUAAAAC